CCAAGGUGGUCUAAACGUUGUUCUACGCCUUUUCUAAUCGGUGAUUUUCGUUAGGCUACUACUCACUAGAGAGAUUCCCCUGCCUUCUUUUCUGACAGCGAUCCAGCAGCAGCUUCAUCUCCCUUUGGAUACCACUUCAAAGAUAACCAAAGGUAAAGAAGUUUCUGCUGUUAUAGAACUGAAACAAAUGGGUGAGGUUUUGGGGCUGCUAAAAGUGGUGGUUGUGCAAGGUAAAAGGUUGGUUAUCCGGGAUUUCAAGAGCAGUGAUCCUUAUGUUGUAGUCAAGCUCGGUGAUCAGGUGGCAAAAACUAAGGUUAUCAACAGUUGCCUCAAUCCAGUAUGGAAUGAAGAGCUUACUUUCUCCCUCAGCGAGCCUGUUGGAGUUCUAAAUUUGGAAGUAUUUGACAAAGACCGUUUCAAGGCUGAUGACAAGAUGGGACACGCUUAUCUAAACCUUCAGCCACUUGUCUCUGCUGCUAGAUUAAGCCAUGCUCUCCGAGUUUCUUCUGGUGAGAUGACAUUGAGGAAGGUUGUACCUAACACUGAUAAUUGUCUCGUUAGAGAGAGUUCUAUUAGUUCUGUAAACGGCGAAGUAGUUCAGAGUGUUUGGUUAAGGCUUCACACAGUCGAGUCUGGGGAGAUAGAGCUAAAGGUCAGGUUAAUUGAGUCAUGCGAUGGAUCUUCAAGAUAGUUGAGCUAUCUGCUGAUGACAUAGUGUUUUUGUGAGCUCAGGCUCGGCUUUCGUACUGGUCUAUAAGGUAGAUGGUUUGCAUGUGUCAAGUUUCCAGUGUAGAUUAGCUUAGGUAAUCAGGCAUAAAAUAGGUGAUCUGAAACUAAUGUGGUGGAAUGAAAACCCUGCUUAUUUAAUCCCUGUUUGUAAUUUUCAGGAUGGCAAUGACGGCCAACACUUGACCUAAAUAUAUGCAUUCUGAAUGUUAUUGUA